AUGAGCUCACUUCGUCCUGACGAUGACACCGAGACGGUCCUCAAAACCCUCCCUUACCUCACCCAUGAAGAUAGUAUGCCUCCUACUACUCUUCCUCCCAACCCGCCCUUACCAAACCCAACAGGUGAAUCCGACCGCUCCCUCAUCGAAGUCUCCCUCAAUCCACCCCCAUCCGACCCAUCAUCGUCACCACCACCACCCUCUCCAAAACCCAACCCCAAAACCAACCCCCGCAAGCGACCCAACCCAGCAACAGCACCACCUCUACCCACCACCACCAGCACCACCGCCGCCGGCGCCCCAUCCACCUCAACCCCCCUCCCAAAGCGCCUCCGCUCCGCCGGCCCCCUCCCCCCAGCAUCAUCAUCAUCAACCACCCACCCCCAACCCUCCCCCCUAAUCCCCCUCUCACGCAUCCCCCCGGACCACCGCACCUACUCCUACACCCCCUCCACCCUCCACCACCCAUCCCCCUCCGCCGCACCAUCUUACAACCCCACAACCCUCCACCGCAACAACAUCACCCACUUCAUAACCUCCCUCCUCACCCUCGCCGGCGACUUCCCCGUCCUGCCCGACGCGAUACGUCCGCCCGGACGCAUGGAGCACUGGGACAGGACGCUCGUGUAUAAUCUGCACCAUGUGUAUGCGAGUCUGCCCGCUGCUGGCGACGAGGGGGGUGGGGGUAGGAGGAGGGAUGUCAGGGCUUUGCAUAGGCACUACGAGAGUGCGGUGCUGAGGAGGGGAGGGGAGAGGAGGGCGGAUGGGGAGAUUAGUAGGGUUGUUCUUGGGGAGUUUUAUGCGAUGAGGGGGUGGAAGGGGGAGGAGGAGGAGAGUGGUUUGAGUGGAGAGGAUGGGGAAGAGUCAAGUGAAGUGGGGGAAGAGGAAGAGGAUGAGGAUGUGGAUGUGGAUGUUGCUGGUCUGAGGUCACUGGAGGAUAAAGGAGCGAGGUUGUUGUCGUCGCCUAGUUUGAGUGAAGAAUCCGAGGAGGUGUCUGGGGGAUCUGAGAAAGAGUCUGAGGGAAACGAGGAGACGAAUGGAGGCGGUCCUUCUGGAAGAACUGAACGUCGAGAUAAAGACAAGGACAAGCUUGCUGAUCCGGAGACAGGACGGGUGGACGUUCUGGAUCGCACCGAUGGCGAGGUAGUAUCGCGCGGAAAUUCGCCUGUGGCCAACCUGUCCGACGAUUUGAAUGAGAUCAGCAGCGCCUUGAGCGCCGACGACAUGUCGACAGAACCAAAGCCCAUCAGCAGUCGUGCAAAGGGGAAACUUCGACAAGACUCAUUAACCGAGGAUGAUGAUUUCCCGGACGUGGAUUCCCCAGCUCCUAACAGCUCCCCAAGCCUUUCCGACGAGGCAGUGGAAGACUCAGAACAGAUAUUCAACGAUGCUAUCAAGAGUAUCAACCAGCAACAACGUCCCAGGAGCCAGAAUGACGAUGGUGACGAGCACCACAGCACAUCGCAAACAACACACCAGCUCCCAGACAAACACACUGUCUAUACAUACAGUGCCGGCCAAACAGAAGUCGAAUCCAACCAGGCGAGCAGUUCACGCCCCGAAGCUACAUCGACACAAAAACCACCCCAUCGCUGUUCACUCCGCGUACCAACAUCGAAUCGCCCCAAAGAACCAAAAAGCACCUACGUACCCUACAAACAGCACCGAUACAACCCCCCGCCUUCAAAUCAACCGUCCAACACGCCCACAGCUCCACCCACCAAACCACCCCCCGAACCCAUCGACCCUCAACCCCAAGCCCCAGGACCCGACUUCGAAUCUGAACCCAACACCUCCAGAAGACCAUCCGCCGAAACCGUGGACUUCCCUCCCCCGAGCGACGAGCCCAUCAACGCAACCCGCAACACCAUCGCACACGCCCUCGCGCGCCACAACGACACCAUGCGCAUCCUCUUCGCGCAGAGCGCCUCGCUCAUCCUGCGCACGGCGCGCAGCUCGUUCGACGCGACGUUCGGCGCCGCAGCGCUCGACGACGCGGGGAGGAUCCAUCGGCUCGGCGAUGCGUUGGGGGAGAAUGUUGCUGCGAUGGCGAGGCUGCGGGCGGAGGUGAGGAAGCUGGGGAGGGAGUUGGAUGGGCUGGAUGGGGGUAGUGAUGGGGAGGAAGCGGAGGAGGAGUAG